CGGGUAACUCCACGCUCCUACCCAGCGGACGUUUCGAGGGUGGGGGUCCCAUCCUAAUAGUACAUAGCUAUGUAGAUGACCAAUAGAGCAAUUUUCCCACAAUUCAAACCCCGAACUUCUCCCUCCACCCUCUCAACGACCGCUGGCGCAAAACAUAAGAAAACAAGUCAGCCACAGGUCCGUCGCACCUGUGGACGAAUUCAUGUUUGAGGCUGUUGCGCUGUUAUCGAUUCGCUAAGUACUAUGACCAUUACACAAGCGCAAGUAGUUUGUAUCCUACAAACACUUACAGAACUCAAUGUCUCUGUCUCAGCCUUUGUCAUUUCUCUUUUGGAAUCCCCCCACAAAUUCUCCCAGUUUCCCGUCAAUGAUCUCGCUGCUCACUUUACAACAGUCUUGGCAACUUCUCUCGCUCACCCAAAUCUCAAUUCCUCAGUCGUCUUGUGGGCAUCCACUUUAUGUACUGAGCGGCUCAAGCAAUCAGUAGUGCAGCUUUCAAAAGAAGAACAUGGAUGGCACUUUAGCGCAACCAAUGUCCUUGCUGAGCAACUGGAGGAAUUCCGGCUAGAAGACAUGGCCAAGGACAUCGAGCAUGUUGCACCGGACCUGUGGCACCUACUGGAUGCCUUGCUCUCAGCCAAUCAGAGGUUCGCUAAUCCAACCAUGGAGCAUGACAUAGCCAACGAAGAUGAAGAACAAUAUUGGGCUGAGGUUGAUGAUGUCGAAGAGAGAUCUGGUGAGGUCGAUGAUUUUUCCACAGUUUAUUGAAUCUGCCAUUGGCCUUCAUAAGGGUCUCCGGAUUGGUG